AUGUCUUCCGAUUUGUACAUCGAGUACAUGAAGAAAGUGUUGCCCCAAAUCGUUGCGGCGACUCCAAAGGGCCGACAGCCAACGCUCGUUAUCGACAAUGCUACUAUUCAUAAUACUCUCAUUGACAAGCUUCCGACCAAAAGCUCCAAAAAGGCAGAGUUACGCGCAUUUCUCGAAAAGCACAACGUCGAUUGUGCUGUGGAUGCCACUAAUCUGCAGCUGUGGGAGGAAGUGAAAGCAUUAAUGGAAACAAGGGGCGGAAGAGAUGCAAUGAAACGUUACUAUGUCGAUGAGUACGCGGAAUCUCUCGGUGUCAAGAUUGUGCGGCUUCCACCUUACCAUUGUCAAUUCUCUCCGAUCGAAUUGGUUUGGAAUCAACUCAAAACCCAUCUUAGAUCGGCGGGAAAGACAACUGAUAAGUUGGAAGUAGUCGCUGAGCGCGCAAAAACAUGGCUUAAGAACACCAAUGAAUCACAAAUUGCGUGGACUUAUGAGCACAUUCUCGAAAUCGAAGAGGGCAUCAAGCUUGUGAUGGAUGAAGAUGAGGAGACUUGGGAGUGGAAUGACGAUGAAUCGGACAUGUGA